GCGUCACAUCUGUCUCAUGUCGGAUAACAAGCUAUACUCCGACCUAGGAACUGUCAAACCAAUGCUAAGUGGUGUGAGCACCGAUUUUCAAAGUUGAGUUAAUACUCGAAAAGCUGAGAGUUGAAUUUUAAAGCAUAUAAUAUAUUCAAGGACUACAGUAUUCAGAAACCACUGGUACCUCUAAGUGAGUUUACAGUAACAGUAUGUCAGUGUACUCUUGUGGCUGCUUGAAUGUUAAGAUCCAUACAAGGGACAUCCACCCACUUGACAAUAUUGGUGAUGAUGGUUCACAACCAUUCCUUGGUCGGAGAGUUGCAGAGGCAAUGCUGGAUGACAAAGGCAUUGUCAUAGAGCAGUCCUACCUGCUGCACCGACAGAGCACCAGCUCAGGAUGGGUGCAGUAUCAGUGCGUCAACUGCAACUGGCGCACCCAUGCAGUUCGUACGUCGGACACCCGUUCCGUGCUCAUCAACCUCCAGUUGGAGUCAGACCCAUCAGUCCUCCUUCGCCUCACCCGGUCCCCAGACUUCUCCUUCGUCUACCACAUCGUCAUGCAGAAUCACAACUUCCAGGACGUUCCCAUGCCAGAUGGGUCUGUGUACGAGUCUCUGGCAUCAGGGGUCUCAACUGUGGAAGAUCAGGCAGACAAUUUUGUUGAGCAAGAACAGUCUGCCAUGGAGGAACGCAUCAGGAACUUUGAGCAUGAGCAGAGGACGUUGUUUGGGCAGCUCCAGGCGAGGUGCGACAAGGAGAAAGCACAGAUGUUGCGCCUUUUGAUGAAGGCUGUCAACGAUGUGCCGCAGUCAGACAGGGGAGACAACUCUGGAAAGACUUCAGAAACAUCUAGAUCCCCCAGAUCCACAACCAAUCCUGCCAAAUCUUCAGUCGGAGGGCGCAGUAGUGCCAAGACACGAUGUUAUAGCGAAUAUGAUCAGAACCCUGACUCAGAAGCUCUGUUCUACCUGGAUGAGUUGGAGCCGGAGCUCGAGGAGCCUUUCUAUGAGUCAGAUGAUGAUGUGCCUGGAAAACUCUCCGAGAGCAGCUCGUCACACAAUCGGACUCUAUCUGGCAGCGGAAAAACUGAUCUCUACUCCACAUCAGUACCAAUCUCUGUCCCCAUGUGGCGAGGUCGAAGGUCAUCCAGCACGGAGGAGGAGGAGGAGGAAGAGGUGACCCCAGCUGACCCAGACCAGAUGGCAGCAAACAUGCAAGCACUGGCUCAGAGCAUCACCGACACUGGGCGCUACAUCUUUGGUGAACGUCCACGUCCUCGUCUGAACACCGGUGAUGCCAUGACCCGCUACGCUGAGCGACCACGACAGAGGCUCAACACAACUGACUCGGUCUCUCGUAGGAAGUGAAUCUGGAAUGACUGUGCAUUGUUUGCUACUUAAGGAUUGAUGUUGACAAUAACAGUGUUGUGUAAUCGUAAAGGUGUUACACUAACGGGUUGCGUCAGUCUAGGAACAAGUUACAGUAUGCUUCUCUUUCAUAGAUCUCUGAGACUCUUCAAAAACAAGUAGGGAUGCAGUCUCUGUGGACUCAUUCCAUCCGAUCUCUUGGCAUACAGAGAUUGCGUUGUCCUCGCUAGGCUUUCACAAAAUAUAAGACUCAGUAUUUGGUUGUGAGUUAUCUCCCUUUUCAGUGUCAACUAAGUAUAAGAUUAUUUCAUGAACAUAUAUCAUUUAUGACAUUUUUUAAGAUAUUGAUACAAGCCUUUAGGAUGGAUAACAUAAGUUAUCAUUUGAGAGGGUGUCCAAAUAUGAUGGUAGUACAUUUUGUAGGGUUAUGUUUUUGAGUUGACUCAUGGGUCCGUGUCAUCAUUUAUUAUGGGAGUGUGUUUUCUGUAAAGACAAAUCUUGAUCUGUUAGCUUUUGGAAUGCAGAACAUCAUUUGUCAUAGCUUCAGUCAUGAUUUGGUACAUAACUUGGAUAUGGAGAAAAACAGUCACCAUAGAAACGGUGAAUUGGUGAAUACGCCACAGGGAUGAAGAUGAUGGCCACUAGACAGUUCACGUUCAUUAAAUUGGUUCAUAAACUAGGAGCUUCCAUCCAUGAUAUAUGUUACAGGAUAUGAGUGUUCUGUAUAUAUGAAACGGUUGGUGCACACUGGUUGGUUGAAACAGGGCAUGGGAGCUUGUUACCAUAGUUGCUGUUUGUGUAACUGUAUGCCCAAUGAAAGGCCAUGUUGAGGACGAUGCUGGCAGUGAGCAAACCGGUCCUUGGAUUUAGCUCUCAAAUUAUUCCAUCUGAAGAAAAGCCUGAGAUAAGGGAAGAAGACCUUUUGUUUUGUCUUCGUCAAACAUUCAUUUAUAAAAUUUAGUUACAGGUGUCUUGAUAUUUAUAAUGUUUAAAUUGAAUUUGCUAUGGCCGUUUUUACCGACUCCAAGUGUCCGUUUCCACCAAAUGCAAGUGGCUUUUUUCAACUGAAGCUGUUUGGAUACAGAUUUUGGGCUGACACAAAUGUCCAACAACUAAUCAUGAUCACACAUCAAGAUAGAUGAGCAGUGUCUCUAUGAAAAUAGUCACUUCCUGUAUGAUGCAGAUUGCUGUAUAGUAUUGAACCUAGUGAUGUAAUGAAGCAUUAUUGGAGUCAGUGUGAAAUCACUAUUAUCGGUGAUUGUCAUACUGAUUUUAGAACUCAUCAAGUGCCAAUGUUUGAUUGUUCCUGCUGUUUAUAUACUACUCAAAAUUUGCUAAGGAACAAAAGUCAUCUGUAGUCAAAGGUGUGAUCCUUAGCAAAUGUUGAGUAGUAUCCAUGUACAUAGAUGUGAGGAAUGUGCUAUUUGUUAUCACUCUUUUAAUCAUCAGACACCAAUGAGUAUGGGAGUCACCAACACAUUAUGUUUGUAUAUAACUGUUGUGACUUUAUCCAGGGUUUAAAAUGAGGUCCUGUUUUGUCUUAGACCCAUCUGAAAGGGCAAACAAAGUUCUAAAUUGUUUGAUAAUGUGUGAUGUGUCCUGCAUUUAGUCCAUCUUGUCCUGCAGCUAUUUGAGAAUAGUCAUUCCGUGACAAACGUACAUGUCUGCUAGACCAGAGGUAUACAGAAUCCAGUUCCCAUCAGCCAUUUCAGGGACUGUUGAUAGUAAAUAUAUGGGAGCUGCAGUCAUCCUAGCACUACGACUGUCAAAAGUAAUUAUAAUUAAUAUUUGAGAGGGAUACUGGGCUAUUUCAUGCUGUUAUUGAACUACAUCUUAAAUGUCAAAUUUGUAUUUUCCAAGUUUGUGUAACGAUGUGUUCCUGAAGAGAUACGAUGUAAUUUUUUUUCUGCGAAGACAAACACGCUUUUGUUGCAAAUGUAGGGAUGGUGUUUGCAUGGUGCUGAGCUUAUUCUGAUUCACUUUAUAGACGGUGUAUAUAAAUUAGCAUCAAUUUUUUAGGCUUGUACAGGGGGGUCCCUUUAUACAUGGGGUUGCUUUAUCGACAGCGAUAUAUGGUACUUACAUUUAUCAUCGUUAUUGACUUCAAAUAUAGCUGUAUGGCAAUAUAGGAUACUAAUUGUAUGACACCAUCUCCAAGCAGCCAAUCACUCACAUUCAGGUCCCAUGCACAGAAUAUCCCUAUCAAAUGUUUUGUAGUAUAAACAGGAGUUGCAGUCAUCUUAGCGCAGAUUGCUUUUGUGGAAUGGGGCCCAGGAUAAUGAUAAUGGAUAUUUUGACGUGGUGGUUUGACUUGCGCGCACCUAUAAAAUUUCAGUCUAAUUGUUUGCUUGCUUUGUCAAUAUGAAGGUGUGAAUGCUUGUUUAAUACUUAUGCUUUGUAGCUGUCAAGUUUCUAUGGAUCUGUGAUGUUGCUGUGGAGUUUAUCCUAUUUACAGCUUGAAAAGUUUUCUAUUUCUAAAACCGUGAAUAUCAGUGUAUUGCGAAUUUGUAACUUGUGUUUUGUUAAGGUGAUGACAAGUUUUGCCAAAAGGCAAAUAAUACACAAAGACACGCACAAAUGACAAUGACUGUCAAUUGCCUAAAAUUUGUAAUUAAUACCUUAAACAUGCACGAUUUCCAAAUUGCCCUGGAUAAACUUGAAUAAGCCAUGUUGAUAUUUUGUAUUAAUGCUGCAAAACAUGUAUAAUAUCGUAUAAAUACUUGGUUGUUGUUUUACCUUGGUUGCCAGUGAUGCACCAUCAUUUUGAAUGGCUUUUGUCAUUUUGUGUGAAUUUAUAUGGUGACCUUCACAUUGAUUUUAUUACUUAUAAUGAUGUACGGUCCUUAAUGACUUAACUAAAAUUGACUUUUUUGCCUUCAUGUACAGUGCUAUGGCCUAUGGCUGAUAUUUUCACAAAAGUCGCCAAAGGUAUCACAUGUGGACAAUAGUCAUUGCAUCAAUGAUUUGUUACCAUGGUUAUUACAUCGUGUACAUCACAUCAGCUGCUUGUGCACCAAGGCUAUGAAACUAUUUACAGAGGGUAGGGGUGAGCGAGUAUGGUUUAACGCCGCUUUUAGCAAUAUUCCAGCAAUAUCACGGCGGGGGACACCAGAAAUGGGCUUCACACCUUGUACCCAUGUGGGGAAUCAGUGUGAAGGGCGAACGCUUUAACCACUAGGCUGCUCCACCGCCCCAUAGAGUGUAUGGAGUAGUUUGAGCCCAACCAUGAUAACAGUUAUUGUUACUGGGGUAUGAUCUACAAUCUCUUUCUGACUUAUCCGAAUCCAUUUGAACUUGGUUGUAGUGCUAAAAACCCUAGCCUCCAGCAAUACCUUAAUGACCUACGAUAAGGUGAGGAUUUGUGAAAAAUAUUUUUCCAUGAAGUACUGUGUAAUCAAUGGUGCUUGUUACAUCUGUUCCAGUGGGCAAGGUGCUUCGAUGGUGUAAUGGUCUCAUAUUAUGUUUUGAUUGAAUGUUUAUGAAUUGUUUUUGGUUUUCAGUGCUAUGUGAAAAUAAUCUAUUUGUUAGCAUGUGUAAUUAGAACAUACCUUAAUAUUAACAUGACAUAACAGAAGAGACAAUUUGUAGACAUAGGUAGCUUGAGAAACUAUUUUCAGAGAUUAUGAUAAAUGUCUUAAAUCAAACCUGCUGUAUGGGGCAUUUCAUAUUUGUUUCUGGUCAGUGGUUUGUGCAGGAGUGAGUGAGUGAGUACGGUUUUACGUUGCUUUCUGCAAUAUUCCAGCAAUAUCACAGCUGGGAACACCAGAAGUGGGCUUCACUCAUUGUACCAAUGUCGGGAAUCGAAACCCGGGUCUUUGGCGUGGCGAACGAACAAUUUAACCUUCAGGCUACCCGACUGCCCGGGUUUGUGCAGGAGAAUUAUCAGCAACUGUAUGGGGAGUCCUUGUUCAUGUUCACAGAGGAACAACUUGGAGAUGUCUUGUGAUGUAGAUAAUACCUGAAGAAGGAGGCAUAUAUCAAAUACACCAGUGAAUACAAGUCAUUUGACCUGAGAUGUAUAUUUAUUAUUUUAUGGGCAAAGAUGUCAAAAUACUUUUGUGUGGAGUUAUUAAAUUAGUGUUGGCUGACAGUGUUUUCUAAACUGUUCAGUUAGUGUCUCAUGUAAGGCUAAAAAGAAAUAGUCUUGGUUCUCAGGCAUGGCCUGCAUCAUCAUAAAGUCUGCCGCACAUUUCGUUUUUAUGUGCAUUUUCAAAAAAAAAUCUUUUAAAUAUUUUGCAUCUCGAACACACGACCCAAGCAGUUAAAUGCUACAAUACCUUAGAACAUGAUUUCCCUGAAAUUAUUGUGAACAAAAUUUGGUUACAGACUAGCUUAACAAAAUAAAAAACAAUAGACUGCCCCCCACUCUCACAAUAAUCCCAAAAGCCAUUGCCCGAGAACCAGUUCUAUUAUGUUUUCAAGCCUAAGCACAGUCAGUAUUGGUAUCCUAGUGUAUGUGGGCAUCAGUUUCAUUAUUUGUUACAGAAUCUAGCUGUCUGAUUGGUCAGUUACCACUUUGUGAACACCCAUGAAUAUCGGCUUGCUGGCCUAUACGGGUAUCAGGUGUUUGGUAGGAUGUCAUUCGCUUGUCAUGUCACAAUUUACCCUGUUCUCACUUUGACUCGAUAGUGGUGAAGAUAGAUUUAAUUGUCACACAGAAGAGAGAGGAAACCUGUCCCUAAAUUCUUUGUAAGAAUUCAUAUGACAACCAGCCUGAAUUGUUUUGACUAAAAGGCUGUAGACAAAUCCAGUUUUAAAAAACAAUCUUCCCCAAGUUAAUAAUUUGUCAAUUUUAGUGAGCCCCAAAAGACCCUUCCUUACCUACCUCCUCACCCUUAGAAGAAUAAGGUUUGCUCACCCUUUGAAGAAUUAGGUUCGCUCAUCCUUUGCAGAGUGAGGAAUCGCUCGCCCUUGAAGAAAAAGGAUCGCUCACCUUUGAAAAAUAAGGAUCACUCACCCUUGAAGAGUGAGGAUUGCUCCCCCUUGAAGAGUAAGGAUCGCACAACCUUGAAGAGUAAGGAUCACUCACCCUCCAAGAGUGAGGAUCACUCACCCUCCAAGAGUAAGGAUCGCACAACCUUGAAGAGUAAGGAUCGCUCACCCUUUGAGUAUAAAGAUCGCUCAUCCUUUGCAGAGUGAGGAAUUGCUCACCCUUGAAGAGUGAAGAAUUGCUCACCCUUGAAGAGUAAGGAUCGCACAACCUUGAAGAGUGAGGAUCAUGGUGGAUCGAAUGUUCUUAUUUAUAAGGGGAACCAUGGUGUUUGAUUUAAGAUGACCAAUCGCUGACUUGCUCCUCCAUGUCGGAAUAAUGCUUCACCUGUUGCCUAAAGCUUGUGUCUGAAAUAUUUCAUCACAAUUCAUCUCCACAUGUAGUCUUGACAACAACACAGGGGCGGUCGGGUAGCCUAGUGGUUAAAGCGUUCGCUCGUCACGCCGAAGACCCGGGUUCGAAUCCCGUCAUGGGUACAAUGUGUGAAGCCCAUUUGUGGUGUCCCCCGCCGUGAUAUUGCUGGAAUAUUGCUAAAAGCGGCGUAAAACCAUACUCACUCACUCACUUGACAACCACAGUAAGUGGCUUGUGUCACUUGGCUAAUGUGUGCUGUGUGCAGUUGUGAAAAUAUUUACUAUUUGAUGGUUCUAUUUGGUUGAAAAUGCUUUCAGAUUUUAAUUAGAUUCCUUAUCAUCCUGUUUUGUACAUUUCAACACAGACUUGUGGCAAUUGCAUUAUUAUCAUUGCCAAAAUAUAUUUUGUUUGAUUUUUGGGUGGGUUGAUGGAUGAGUGGAUGGACUGAUGGAUGUUUUCCCACUGCCGUAUUGCAACCAACAUUGGUUGCUCGAGGUAUAGGGAUGGGAAGUCUGUUGCCAGAAGGUAUAGGGAUGGGAAGUCUGUUGCCAGAAGGUAUAGGGAUGAGAAGUCUGUUGCCAGAAGGUAUAGGGAUGGGAAGUCUGUUGCUAGAAGGUAUAGGGAUGGGAAGUCUGUUGCCAGAAGGUAUAGGGAUGGGAAGUCUGUUGCCAGAAGGUAUAGGGAUGGGAAGUCUGUUGCCAGAAGGAAUAGGAAUAGGGAUGGGAAGUCUGUUGCCAGAAGGUAUAGGGAUGGGAAGUCUGUUGCCAGAAGGUAUAGGGAUGGGAAGUCUGUUGCUAGAAGGUAUAGGGAUGGGAAGUCUGUUGCCAGAAGGUAUAGGGAUGGGAAGUCUGUUGCCAGAAGGUAUAGGGAUGGGAAGUCUGUUGCCAGAAGGAAUAGGAAUAGGGAUGGGAAGUCUGUUGCCAGAAGGUAUAGGGAUGGGAAGUCUGUUGCCAGAAGGUAUAGGGAUGGGAAGUCUGUUGCCAGAAGGUAUAGGGAUGGGAAGUCUGUUGCUAGAAGGUAUAGGGAUGGGAAGUUUGUUGCCAGAAGGUAUAGGGAUGGGAAGUCUGUUGCCAGUGUACAUUGUUUUUAUUAUUACUGAUUACUGCAAUGAUCAUCAUCAUUAUUAUUCUCGUGUUUUGUGUCAGUGCAUGAACAAAUACUGUUGAUGAUUAAUGACAAUGGUCUAGGGCAUUAUGAGAUAUCAUAAUAUUAUACUUAUAACACUCCAACCCUAUAGUUACUUUCUGGACAAGAUUAUGGCUUUUCCUACAAUGUAACCAUGGCAACCAUUGAGCUAGUGCUGACAAAUAUGAAAUCAGUAAUAAAUAAUUUGGCUUGGUUGAAUCUGUUCAAAUAAUGAUAUCAAUCAAGAAUAAGUUAUCAUAGAUACCGCUUGUAACCAUAGUAACUGAGUACAUGCUAACUGUGGAACAAGAAUGGUACACUUUAGAAUUUAUUUCUCUCUCUGAAAGCUGCAAUCUCAUCCCUGAUGUAAUUAUUUUGGAUCUUGACAUUAUAAAUGAUAAUAUACAAGAAGUGCCUGCAGAAAGAUAUGUUUCAUUAAGUUUAUUGUGACAAGUUUUAUUAUUAAACUAGAAUAUUUUUUUAAUUUGAAGUUUACACAAUAUAUGGCUUUUCCAUUGGACGAGAGGCCAGUCACAUGGCACGAAAUUGAAGUUCAUAAGUGUGUGAAUGACAUAAUUUGAUGUUUAUACGUUUUUAUUAGGAUUUCUUGAAAUGAUUACACAUUCGUGGGGAAGCAUUCUGUCUGAUCAUUUAGACCCUUUAAUCUUAACCCCUUAAUAUAAAAGCUUACCUUGUUCAAAUAGUUAACAAGCCUUUGCCGGAGUUAUCUUGGAUGUAUUGAUGUAGUAUUUCCAGUGCUAAGUGAAACAUGGAGAUUUAGGUGUAGACCAGAUUGUCCAGAGAGUUCCUAUUUUAAGUGUGGCAUUUAUUGUACUCUUUAAUAUACUGUUCUGUAUAUAUUUGUGUGACUUAUAGUAAACCGAAAUUGUUGUGCCAUAGACACAUGCUUCCAUCCAAAGUCUGACAAUACUGCACCACAUAUUGUCCAAAUUGUUUGUUAUCUAGUGAGAAUUCUAGCAUUGUCCCUGUUGAGACCACCCUUCCAAGAUAAGGCUAUUACAAAGGUAAAGGGCUUCCAUGCUGGACACGCCUGUACAGACCCAUCUUCCUCUCUGCAGAAUGGGUUAACUUUAUUAGGCAGUGGACCAUUGUGAUUGAGGUUCACUUGAACAGCAGUGAUAAACAUAAUACAGUGAUCCCUCGAUAUACCACUGUCAUCGGGGUCCAAGAGUCCGACUCGCGUUCUAGGAAAGAGCGUUGUACAGAUAUUCAUUGCUGAGGUUCACAUUACGUAAUGAUGGUAGUGAAUGGAACAGUGGCACAAUUAUUUCACAGUGGCAUGGGACAUGUAGAUCUAUGUAACACUGAUCGUGGACGAUGAUUCAAAAUGCAUGCGUAAAAAAAUAAAAAUACUUUGUGUAAAUUAAGCCAAGGUUCACCCCACGGUGCAUCGGGAGUAGCGGUUCAUCGAGAAGCGUUAAGUCGAGGGAUCACUGUAUCAAACUGGCUUUGUAUGCCUUAGACAGUAUCUAGUUGAUUGGGCAUUGGGACGCCAGUAUUGCCAAUAUUGAUGUUUUUUUCUUAUUCUAAUUAUAUUCACAACACUUUUCAUUCAUAUUUUGAAAACCAAAAUAUUAUUUAACUUUACCUUUCUAUUUUCAGUUAAGGCUGUUGCUUUCACAUUUCAUCUGUACCAGUGAAAGUCUGAAAGUUAAUAUCACCUUUUAUGAUUGUAUUUUCCUGAAUUUGAGCAGGUGUGUUUUUGCAAUGUUGUUUACGGAGUAAAUGUUGAUUGGCUGAUGUGCACAGUUUUAUGAGAAGGGCUAGCACUAAUGGCCGUGUUAGUCUUUAUUAUAUACUGCUAAAAUGAAGUUAGGACCAUCCAAUUCUUUCCUAUAACUACAGUUAACUGUAGUAAUAUGAAAGAAUUGAGUUGUCCUUAUCUUUUUUUGGUUGUAUAUAAGAUAACCAUAUUGUGCUAUGUAUCCAAUCUCAUUAAAAGCAGACCUGUUAAUCCGAUUUGAUACCUCUCCAAGAUGGAAGUAUUAAAUCAGAAUAAAAGGCCUGAUUUUAAUGAGAUUGCUAUGUAUUGUGAUAAAGCUGCACCACAUAAAUACACGCUAUCAAAUUGCUGUAUUUCAACUGUUACAUUUUCCCACCAUUUUCCUACACAGUCCAAAACCUCUUGUUGAUUUCUAUGAUAAUCUCAGUUAUUUAGUAACAUUCCUCAAGAAUACAAUGAUAAAUAAUUAAAAAGAUUCACACUGACUUGCCUCCAGUGAUUGUUUACAAAGACCAGUUGACAAUGCAGUCAGUUCAUUAAAGGCUGCAGUUGAAUAUUUUGGAUGUAUUAUGUUUAAUUCCAUAUUUCUGAAAGACCAUGUUAUACAACUAGUUGACCUAUUAGAUCAAUAUGAAUAUUAUGAAAUGUAAUUUAGAAUACAUUUAAACAAAUUAAGAAUUGCAUGUAAGUAACAUAAGGUUUUCAUUUUAUCAAUUACCUUUACUUACGGAUCUGCCAACCGAAAUUUCACAAUUAUGGAUUUACAUUUAAAAGAUUUAUCCAGUAAACCAAUUAAAUAUAGAUAAAGAGACCUUUGACCUUACAAAUGAUUGAAUAAUAAUGUGAGUAUUCUUUCAAGAUUAAAUGUAGCUGCAGUAUGUUUGAUUAUCCUGCUUAUUAUGGAAUUUGUAUUAAGGGAUAUUUUAGUGUCAUCAGCAAGGGAAGUGAUUAUCGUCCUCUAGUCGUUGCUGCUCAGAGAAAAGGAUGUAACAUAUCACAGCAUCUAGCAUGAUGGUUUCCUAACAACUGUUUCUACAGAACUUGUUGUGAGAGACUCCAGUUGUGAACUGGAUAAGACCAUGUUUUCUAUUUGUUACACCAGACUGCCAUUACUUGUCAGACAGGCUUCCAUGUUUAGGAAAUGCUGUUCUUUUUCCACUUUGUAUCACAAUAGGAUGUUGGACAACACUGAAUAAACAUAUGACUUUUA